CCUCGUCGUAAAAACAAAACAGCUGGCAGUUUAAACGACAUUUAUAUUUUUUUUACUUAUCAAGGAAAUUGAGAUGAUAAAAGCUAUACUUGUUUUUAAUAAUCAUGGGAAGCCGAGGCUGUCGAAAUUCUAUCAGUAUUUCGAUGAAAGCCUGCAGCAACAAAUAAUCAAGGAGACUUUUCAGUUAGUAUCUAAACGGGAUGAUAACGUUUGCAACUUUCUAGAGGGCGGAAGCUUAAUCGGCGGAUCGGACUAUAAGCUUAUUUAUAGACACUAUGCCACGCUGUACUUUGUUUUCUGUGUGGACUCCUCAGAAAGUGAAUUGGGGAUCCUUGACUUGAUCCAAGUCUUUGUGGAAACCCUCGACAAGUGUUUUGAAAACGUGUGCGAGCUGGACUUAAUAUUUCACGCUGAUGCAGUUCACCACAUUCUUUCAGAACUUGUGAUGGGGGGAAUGGUUCUGCAAACCAAUAUGAACGAUAUAAUGGCCAGAAUUGAGGAGCAGAACAAAAUUGUCAAACAGGAGGCAGGAAUUUCGGCCGCACCUGCUAGAGCUGUCAGCGCCGUGAAGAGUAUGAACAUUCCUCAACAGAUUAAAGACAUAAAGUUACCUGACCUGCCACAGGCAAUUAAGGACUUUAAGUUCUGACAAAUGCACGUCUCAUAAAUCUCAUAAUUGUCUAUAAUCUGUUAAAACUAGUGCUAUUUCACAGUCCUUCAAGAAUUUCGAACAGGAACCGACUGUUUCCGUAAUAAUAGGUCCCAUUAAUUCAAUGUAUUUCCCUUACCAAAUAAAUAAGCAAAAUAAUUACCAGUA